AUGAUUUAUUCGUGUGGGUCGUGUGGUGCUCGUCGGUUCCGUUGGAACGACGAGGGUCGUCCUGUUUGUGCUGUUUGCAAUGCCGUUCAACAAAGCUACGAAACAACCGGCAUCGACGUCUUCGACUCAGGUGUUCAUUUUACCCGUCAGAGUCUGAUUGACAGGGCACGAGUCGCCCAACGAAAACAGCGAAAGGAAGCGCCGGAGCUGGCGAGCCCGCGUCGACGCGCUCGGCUCUGGGAUCGACGGCGACUCGGUGUAGCGAUUGCUGCGGACCUGCAGAGCCCUGACACCACGGAGCUGAUGAACCUCAGCAUCGUAUUUGGUGCUAUCGGUGAGGCCAUCGCCUACCUUGUAGGACAGACCGCAGGGUCCGUAGCGCUCCGCUAUGUCAGUCACUGGAUCCAUGCACUUCUCACGAGUCGUUUCGCCCGACAUCACCAGUACGUGACACGUGCGUUUGCGAACGGCUCUGGAGCGGUGAAACUUCGGAUUGGUGCGAGCACCCUCACGGCUGCGGUCUUCCUGGGCAUUGUCGAGGCGAGAGCGGAAACGUCUGAUCCCAGCCUGAACGCCUAUCAUUCAUUGUGUUUUCUGGAUCAGUUGCAACGAGGCCUGAUGAGCCGUCUGCGUGAGCUGCUCCUGCCGUACAUUCAUUGCAAAGACCAUGAGUAUCGAACGCAUCGACCCAGGCUGGUGGCGAGAGCCCAUCAACUUGUAGCGAAGCUCGGCGACGAGCGUACCUUGGUCAGUUGGGAUAUUGCUCCGGAAGAUAUUCGCAGCGGGUCUGCACCUGAACGUCGUCUGGCAAUAGACAUCCCGAUUGAGCAACCCGAAGCGCUCGUGCGCUGGCUCCGCGAUCGUUGGGCGGCACGCUGCUCGGAGGGCUCCCCACAGUCAUCGGCGACAACCGGUGCGGCUACCGAAGCGUGCAUACAGCGUCAGGUACGGGACUGGUCUCCGCGAACGGAACUUGAAGCCGCGCUUGAUACGGUUCUAGCGACUGCGCUACACGUGGAUGCAGGUCUGAUAGAGCUUGCCGAGAACGUACCGACGGGGAUUCAUGCCCCAGCACCGACAGGCGAGGUCGCCGACGAUAUAGCAUCUGUUCAGCAAAGCGUCUCUGAUGGCUGGUUUGCGGACUCCUUGCCGCAUCUUAAUCAGCACGAUGACAAGGUUUGGCGUGAGAUUGUGCUCUGCAUGCGGCGACUCCCGCCAGCGACGCGUAUGCAGCCGCGCGUGCGUGCAGUCCUCAAAGCGGUUGAUCGACAACGGCUCACCACGGCGCUCUGGGGCAGCUGUCCCUGGCGGAUCACAGCCCAGGGCCUAGGACUAUCAGAAAUGCGUCAGAGAGCGUCAUGCCCACCGGAACAGUCGUUUGCGGAGCAUGUGUCCCGGGUGUUUGGUCUCUCACCGUCAAGGUUUGAGCGGUGCUUGCGACGGCGGGCGAGCGAACUUGGUUUGAAGUUUCGCGUCUAUUCAAGCGAAUCUACGGAAGCUGAUUCCGGAAUAUGUCAGUCAUAA